AUGGCGGAUGGAUAUGUCAAUGAGAUAAUUAAGGGUCAUUUUGUGGCGACUCGUCAAGCUAGUGAGCAAUCGUGUGCUCCUAUUCUUGUACAGUCUCCACCCAAAGCUCCGUUAGAGAAGAAAAUGACCAGUUUUUUGGUGGAUUUUCUCAUGGGAGGAGUUUCUGCUGCUGUGUCUAAGACGGCUGCUGCUCCGAUUGAGAGAGUCAAGCUUUUGAUUCAAAAUCAGGAUGAGAUGAUCAAAUCCGGUAGACUCUCAGAUACGUACAAAGGGAUUACCGAUUGCUUUACAAGAACUAUCAAGGAUGAAGGUGUCCUUUCUCUAUGGAGAGGCAAUACUGCAAAUGUCAUCAGAUAUUUCCCAACACAGGCUUUGAAUUUUGCUUUUAGAGACCACUUUAAGAGAAUGUUUAAUUUCAAUAAAGAAAGGGAUGGCUACUGGAAGUGGUUUGGAGGAAAUUUAGCAUCUGGUGCUGCUACUGGUGCUUCAUCCCUUUUGUUCGUGUACUCGUUGGACUAUGCCAGAACGCGACUCGCUAAUGAUGCUAAGGCUGCGAAAAAGGGUGGUGAGAGGCAGUUUAAUGGUUUGCUCGAUGUUUACCAAACCAUCAAAUCUGUUGGUAUUCCUAGUCUUUACCGGGGCUUCAUCAUCUCGUGUGUGGGAAUAGUUGUUUACCGUGGUUUGUACUUUGGAGUUUACGAUUCGCUUAAACCUGUGGUUCUGGUUGGUAACCUGCAGGACAGUUUCUUUGUGAGUUUUUUGCUCGGAUGGGGCAUUACUAUCGGUGCUGGUUUAGCGUCUUACCCAAUUGAUACGGUGCGUAGAAGAAUGAUGAUGACUUCAGGAGAAGCAGUCAAGUAUAAGGGCUCAUUAGAUGCAUUUUCUCAGAUAAUGAAGAAAGAAGGCACCAAGUCGCUCUUCAAAGGCACUGGAGCUAAUAUCCUUCGUGCUGUUGCUGGUGCCGGUGCCGGUGUUCUAGCCGGGUAUGAUAAACUGCAGCUCGUUUUCUUCGGAACGAAAUAUGGAUCUGGUGGUGGAAAUCAAUAA